CAUCCCACUGUUGGCAUGGUGAUCAAACUGUCAUUUCCUCUUGUCAGUUCAAAGCUUCAGAUAGUGGAGAGAAGUAUCCCAGAAGGCACCAUUGUGCAAACGAAGAAAUCACAGAGCAUCAGGAAGAGACAGGGUGAUGAGCUCUGAACAUCAGAAGUUAUAAUGGAGAUGACUUUACUGUCCAUCACAGUGUGGCUCACUCACUUCCUCUUUGCAUCGGCUCUGUAUUUCAACACAACAACAACACAACUGUCAAAAAACACCCUGAGCGACUACACUGAAACCACACAAAUUACUGGGACAACAACAGAAUCAAACCAAGAACCAAGGAUACUGAUAAAUUCAACAGCUUCCUCACCUCAGACCACAGAAUCACUGGACAGCACAGUUGCUACAGCUUUGCACAUGACAUCCACAGAAGAAAUAGCAUCCAUGCAUCAACCGAACAGCCGUAAUGAAUCUCAGAAUGACAUUGUGCAUUUCACAAAAGGACCAGAUGGGUGGAGUGUUAGCAAUGCUAGUAAUGUCAUGAUCCAUACAAUUACAAGUCUAAUGGAUACCACAGUUUCUUCAAACCCUGGAAGUCUUACAAUAAAAAAGGACGAUAAUAAUGAAAUAGGAACAAAGUCAAGUGCACAUAUCACGAGUUACGACAGCAACAGACACACCAGUUUAGACAAAGUUCUGAACACACAGACUACCAGACCAGUCACAAUGGCCUUAUUAGACACUUUAAAAACUGUCACAACAGUUCCCUGGAGAGACUGGUCAGGGGAAGGGUAUGAGAGAACAAAACCUGAUGAAGGAAAUUAUGAAAUGAACUCUAACCAGGCAACAUCUGCUAAUUUGAACAAGGAGACAAGAGGAACACAAGUAACAGAGGGAAGUUACAGCCUAACAAGUGAACACAGAGUUCCAGUGCACAACGAGGAACAAUACAACACAACAACAAGUACAACAGAAGUGAGUACUGCAACACCGACAACAAGAAACAACUGGAUAACUCCAUACAACACAAACACACCAAUGACCAGUAUGUCUGCUUACAAAACAGAACAUGACCUUACUGUUACAGAUACAACUGAAUAUCACACCUCUAUUCCUGUCCUUGUAACAAAAAGUGGUGGAUACUGGACAGGGCAGCCCAGCAGAGAGUACAUUACAGACUCUACAACACAGAGUACAUACAGACUCUUAAACUCUACAACACACACUGAAAGAGAAAACAGGACUGAAACAGACACACCCAGUGGCAUCACCAGCAACAAUAGCACUAUCAUAGCUAAUGUUAUAGCGGACAACAGCACAAAUGCCACAACUGACAAAAUGAACAAUACUAGCACAGAAAACACACUGUGGCCCAACUGUUUUAACUCACAAUCUCAAUUUCGGCAAUCAAGGCUGGUCUGCUUCAUUACAGUGUGGGCUCUGGCAAUGACUGCAUCAGUUUUCCUUGGGAUAUCUGUUUUCCUGUGGGUGCGUCUGUCAAUUGUCAAGAAAAGGAUGAAGCACAGGGGAAGAGGACAAGAAGAGAAGGGAGGACAGAAGUGGGAGAAGGAAAGCCUCUGGGCCAACCCCAAAGCAUCGGUGCAGGAAAGAGUGGAGUUCUGGUACGUCAAUGGAUCUACACUGAAGGAAGACAGGAAGGAGAAGCAAAGAAAGAGAGAGGAGAGAUUCAAGAGGAAAAAGCAGGAGCAGAACAAGGAUGAGAAUGAACUGUGGAUCCAGCCUAGAGUGACUAUGGAUGACUUAGCAGAGUUUUGGUACGCAAAUAGAAGAAUAAAGGAGGAGAGGAGAACGGACAUGUCAUUAUAAAGACAAUGUUGAAAGACAGCAUGCUGGUAGAGCUGUGAACAAUGUCGACCUUUAGAAAGGAGUUUAGACGAGGUCUUCUCAACUAGUGGGUUGAGACCCAAAAAUUGGUUGCUGGUCUGUUCUGAUAGGGACAAAACAAUGCUGAAUGCAAAUAAUAAAAUGCAACUAACCAUAUUUCAGUCAGGACCAUUUCCGUAAAAUGAAUAUUUGACUUGAAUACUUGAAUAAAUACUUUUAUUCACUUAUAGACAAUUAAAGUAAUCUGUUGGUGUUGGAGGUAUGGUUCUGUUCUGGGCAAACUCUCUGCCCAUCCAUGUAGUCACGCAUGGAAAAAGCAGGAAGAGCAGCGAAUAAACCCCCAUGGAGUAACAGAACAGAUCCAGCAGAAUUAUAACAACAUUGUACAAUUUUUUUAUAUAUUCUGACAGUGCAACAUGGUACAAUCCUUUAUUGCAUAAUAAAUUAAAUGGACACUUAAA